AGUUCGGUUGGAUCGUUCCAAGUCGAUAUUACCGGGGAAAUAUAGGAGCAUGUGGCGAACGCUUUUAAUCAUUCUCUUCAUCCUUGCAAAAGGUAACGCGAACGAUUGCAUAGCUCGUGACGUUGGUACCGAUCGCAUCGUAUGCGUUUGCAAUGCAACGUACUGCGACGGAUUACCGAAAGAUCAUCCGGAAGUCCCAGAAGAUGGAAGUGCUUACUUGUACGUAUCGAACAAGGCGGGGUUGAGGCUAAAUGUGUCAACUAUACAAUUUAGUACUUGUCAGGACACGUCCUCUCAAUUCACCCUAAACAUAAACAGUACGAGAAAGUAUCAAGCGAUACUCGGGUUUGGAGGUGCCAUAACCGAUUCCGCAGCUUUAAACAUAAAGAAACUUAGCCCGGCUACUCAAGAUCAGCUUCUUCGAACGUAUUACGAUCCAAAAACUGGGAGCAAAUAUACUUUAGGUCGCAUACCAAUUGGUGGUACAGACUUUUCUACAAGAGUUUACACUUACGACGACAAUUGCACUGACGAUAAGACGUUGAAAUGCUUUGCACUAGCACCAGAAGAUUACGAGUACAAAAUACCAAUCGCAAAAAAGGCCGUUGAAUUAAGCCCCAAAAUGAAGUUUAUAAGUGGCGUGUGGUCUCCACCUGUAUGGAUGAAGACGAACAACAAAAUCAAUGGAUACCAUGGUUAUUUGAAGCCAGAAUACUAUCAAGUCUAUGCCGAUUAUAUCUCGAAAUUCUUGGACGCAUAUAAGCAACACGGUGUCGAUAUAUGGGCAGUUACAACAGGCAACGAACCAAGCAAUGGAGACGAUGUACCUCCGUUGCCUAUAAACGCUAUGGAUUGGACUCCGAGCACAUUAGGUACAUGGGUCGCUAAUAACUUAGGACCAACUCUUGCUGCAUCGGCACACGACACACUAAUUUUGGCUCUUGACGAUAAUUUAAAUUUGUUACCAUGGUAUGUCCAGUUAAUUGCUAGGAAUGAAAAAGCAAAUAAUUACAUUGCCGGAAUAGCGUCGCAUUGGUACAAGGAUAACGCAAUGUCCACAUUAUUAGACCAAGUAUUAGACCAAACGCACGAUGUAUUUCCAAACAAGUUUCUUCUCAUGACCGAAGCAUGUUCUGGAGGCCGGUUUCAGACAGCUGUUGAUUUAGGAUCAUGGGAUCGCGGAGCGGGAUAUGUUUCGAGCAUAAUAGACUAUUUGAAUCAUUGGUACGUCGGAUGGAUGGAUUGGAAUAUAGUUCUAGACGAACAUGGUGGUCCUAACUGGCUUAACAAUAAGGUUGAUGCGCCAAUUAUUGUAAAUGCAACGUCAGAUGAAUUUUACAAACAACCCAUGUAUUAUGCUCUAACGCAUUUCAGCAGAUUCGUUGACAGAGACUCUGUCAGGAUUUCUAUUACCAAUACGGCCUCGAUCAAGUCUGUGGCCUUCCUAACACCUUCGAAUGAAAUUGUUGUUGUACUGUACAAUAGGGCUAACAUUACAGAAUCCGUGACUCUUAAUCAUCCGCAGAAGGGCACUCUUUGCUUGCCAUUAUCUCCAAAUUCUUUCAAUACUAUCAAAUAUAAACUGUAAUGAAUACGUUUAGUUAUCAGUGCUGAAAUGUUUCUGAAUUGCUUGGGAACCAUUUUCUGACCUUUUCAAUACAAAUUAAGUUAUAAAUAAUAUACCGUUAUACGCUUACGUAUGUAUAUGUAUAUAAAGUUAUAAAUAAUAUAAUUUUCGAUAUAAAUAAAGCGGAACCUUCGAACUAA